AUGUCCGGGUCCUAUGAUCGUAGCGUUCCAAUCGCUCAUAUAUACGUCAUCUCCAUUCGAAAGUCCAUAGCUACACGUACCAUCGCCGAUACCCUUUUCACCUUUUUCAAGUUCUUCCACAGAUCACCCAUCCAGAAUGCAGAAUACGUGGUGGUUGCCGGUGCUCGCAGGAAAGUCGAGACAUGGGAACCCGAGGACACCGAGACCAUCGAACUCAAAGAUGAGGAAGAGGCAAAGAGAUUGGCUGAUAAUGCUUUCUACAAGCUUGAGCAAUCCGUCAAAGAUGAACAGAAAGCAAAAGAAUCACUUCCCAUCCUGACCCAACUUCAGAGGUUAAAUGACAGGCAAUGGGCGGAUCCAUACACGCAUUCUCAGAAAAUGCGUAAGAAAUUCAGAGAGGAGAAAAAGAUAACGGAAGCUAAAAAGCGCGCGGACGAUGAAAUCCGAGAUCGAAAUUCAUUAUCAAUUCCAUUAUUGCCUGAAUCACAGGAAGACUUGGCCGAGGCAAAGGCCACAGAGUUUAAGGAUCAUCUCUUACGGGCUCAGAAACGAAAGCUUGAAAUAAACACUUCCUCAAUAUUUAACAAGUCAUCCAAGUCUAAAAAAAGGUCGAUAUUUCGCACCGAUGAUCCUAAAAACAAAGUGGCCCAACUAUCCGCGAUGGUCUCGGUGAACACGAAACUUAAGAUAGACCCAUUCCUUAAAAAUAAUGACUGGAACAGUGAUAAUUUAGGAAAGGGUGGCGACACCAACAAGGAACUGACCUUUGUAAGGAAGAAAGAGGAUGGUAAAAAGGUCGAAGAUAACGAAUCAAAAGCACAAAAGACAUUAGGCAUAAAUCGGCAAAACACCAGCCCAAGCGAAGCUACUAUAUCAUCUCAAUCUAAUUUGUAG